AUGGCUAAUAAUGAACGUGUACUAUCAUCCAUUUUUACAAAUACACAAGUUCGUGAAUUUAUUCAAUAUUUUCAAUGUGGGAAGAUACAAUGUCUUUACAGUGAGCGUGCAUUAUCAGCAGAAGAUAAGAUAGCAUGCCAAAUUGCUAUAUAUGAUUGGGAUUACAAUUGUGGAUCACCAUUUGUACAGAGGAUAAUAUUCUAUACAACAAAUAAUACUAAUAAUGGUGAUACUUGCUAUAGGUGUAAACAUAAUAAUGAAUUGGCAGAACCUCUAGAAAGCCUUAAGUUGAAAUACAAUCCUUGUUUCCAUGCUAUACAUUGUGACGAAAUGCAGAAAAGGAUAUUUUGUACGUGA